CUCGUUGAUCUUCUCCACAUUAAAAAGUUCUGCCGUCCUAAAAAUUUCCAACGGCCCCUCUAACUAGAUCACCAAUUGCGACUGCGGGAUCAUCCACGAUCUUAGCAUUCUUCAAUUCAGAUCAUCUCCAAAAUGUUGCGACAAAUAAAACCACGCAAUGCUCGCUCUAAACGAGCUCUCGAGAAGAAGGCUCCCAAGGUUGUCGAGAACCCGAAGACAGCUCUUUUCCUUCGCGGAACGACCUGUUCGCAAAUCGCGCAAGAUGCUUUAACAGACCUCUACUCUCUGCGACAACCGCUCGCCAAGAAAUUCACCAAGAAGAAUGACAUUCAUCCGUUCGAGGAUCCCUCGUCUCUUGAAUUCUUCAGCGAGAAGAACGACACCUCGCUGCUAGUAUUCGGCAUCAGCUCCAAGAAGCGCCCGCACACGUUGACAUUCGCGCGCACCUUCGCAGGCAAGAUCCUCGACAUGUUGGAGUUGCACCUAGACCCGGAGAGCUAUCGCCGCAUCUCGCAAUUCAAGGGGCGCAAGUUCGCCGUGGGCCUACGACCUAUGAUGCUGUUCUCGGGAACCGCGUUUGAGAGCCCGGUCGCCAACGAGUACACGAUGGCCAAGAGCAUGCUGAUCGACCUGUUCAAGGGCGACACGUCGAGCGACAAGAUCGACGUCGAAGGUCUGCAGUACCUCGUCUCUGUCUCGGCCGACGAGCCUGUGGGCGAUGCCGUAAAGCCGGCAAUUCACCUGCGCGUUUACCUCAUCUCGACGAAGCGCAGCGGACAGCGAUUGCCACGAGUCGAGGUUGAGGAAAUGGGCCCACGCAUGGACUUCCGAGUCGGCCGCAUGCAGGAGCCCGAGGAAGCGGUGCUGAAAGAGGCUAUGAAGACGGCAAAGGUGGAGGAGAAGGUCAAGAAGAACGUGACGACGGAUACCAUAGGCGACAAGAUCGGCCGCAUCCAUCUUGGCAGACAAGACCUCAGCGAGCUGCAGACAAGAAAGAUGAAGGGUCUGAAGCGAAAUCGAGAUCUGGACAACGAGGAAGCGCAGGCGAUGGAUGUUGACGAGGAUACCCCGAAGCGCUCCAAGAAGUGAAAAGUCAAGGCGAUGAAAUACGCGCAUGGGAAUGGCGUUCUGGGUGGUUUCUUGUUAUUGCUACAGACACAUUGUCUAAUGGAGUUGGGAGUUCCCCGUUCAUGAAAAAUACAGACUAUUCCGCCUACUUCUGUUCCGACUUGAACUGUUGGUACAAUUUGCCCACGACUCUCCGGCCCUCGUUGUCUCCCUGGAUCCAUUCUUCGGGUGAGAAGAGGUCGAACAUGCCAACCCUGCCCAGUAAUGGUAACGUCGCGCGCAUCGCUUCUUCCAGCUGAGCUAGCUUGCCCUUAUCUCCGGCCUUGUACGCCUCGUUAUACGUACGAAUGUUGAUGAGUAAUGCACUGCAAAGUUGGAGUUUAGCCCUUGAUACUAGGUAGUGUAUAUGACAAACUACUAAAACUGACCCCACUGUUCCCGUCUGUACCUUGGUUCCGUCAGGCAACGUAAUUUGGGGCAUUUCAGCUCCGAGGGUAGCCGAAUUGAGAGAAGCGAGUCUGCUACCGUCGUCGGUGUUGUUCGCCAUGGCGUUUAAGAUGGGUCCGGCUAUAUUCUGUGAUGUGACGUGUGGUAAGUGUUGUCAAGUGGUACCAAAACACCUAGUGCCUAAUAGAGACGAAUGAAACCGAGUGAUGGCUUUCUUACCCAAUACGAAUUAUCUUGGAAUUUUAUCA